GCAGGUAGCUCUGUUGAGUGACUGUUGUGUUGUGUACAAGAGGUCUCUCUUUUUAGCCCAGGGUAAGGUGUAAGAGCUCCGAUCGAAGAUGUCUCUUAUGGAAGGUCUUCUCCUCCAGGCUCCAAGCACGGUGACACUGCUGGGGGCUGUGCUGUUUCUGCUCGUCCUCUACCUCCUCUCCUCUAGUUCCAGCUCUGAGGAACAUGGGAAGGAGCCUCCAGGACCCAGGCCGCUGCCCCUGAUUGGUAACAUGCUCCAGCUGGAUCUCAAAAGGCCCUACCAGACCCUCUGUGAGCUGUCCAAGAAAUAUGGCUCGGUGUUCACAGUUCACAUUGGACCCAGAAAAGUGGUCGUUCUCGCAGGAUACAAGACAGUCAAGCAAGCACUGGUCAACCAUGCAGAGGAGUUUGGGGACAGGGGCAUCAAUCAUUUGUUUAGUGAAUUAAACAAAGGACACGGUAUUGUAUUUGCAAAUGGAGAUUCGUGGAAAGAGAUGAGACGCUUUGCCCUGACAAACCUUAGGGACUUUGGAAUGGGCAAGAAAGCGAGCGAGGAGAAGAUCAUCGAGGAAGUUCACUACUUGAUUGAAGUGUUUGAAGAACACAAGGGUAAAGCAUUUGACACAACCCAGGCAAUGAAUUACGCUGUCUCCAACAUCAUCUGCAGCAUUGUGUACGGCAGCAGGUUUGACUACUCUGAUCCACGGUUCCGACGCUCGGUGGAUCAAGCCAAUGAGUCCAUCCGACUCGGAGGAUCUAUUUCAAUACAGUUGUACAACAUGUUCCCAUGGUUGGGCCCCUUGCUGAAGAACAAGACUCUUAUCUUGAAAAAUAUUGCCGACAACAAGGGGGAGAUGAAGGAGCUGGUGAGGGGGCUGAAGGAGACUCUUAACCCGCAGAUGUGUAGAGGCUUUGUGGACUCGUUCCUUGUCCGAAAACAGACCCUGGAGGAAUCAGGCAACAUGAACUCUCAUUACCACACUGAGAAUCUCAUACAGACUGUGGCCAACCUGUUUGCUGCUGGUACCGACACCACGGGGACAACCCUGCGCUGGGGUCUGCUGCUCAUGGCCAAGUACCCCGAUAUACAGGACCGGGUCCAAGAGGAGAUAAGCAGAGUCAUAGGAAGUCGUCAGGUCUUGGUAGAGGACAGGAAGAACCUGCCCUACACUGAUGCAGUGAUCCAUGAGACCCAAAGACUGGCCAACAUUGUACCCAUGUCCAUCCCUCACACCACCAGCCAAGAUAUCACCUUCCAGGGAUACUUCAUCAAAAAGGGGACUGAUGUGUUACCUCUGCUGACGUCUGUCCUGCGAGAUGAGAGCGAAUGGAAGAGCCCUCACACCUUUAACCCCGGCCACUUUCUGGAUGAGGAAGGUCGAUUCGUUAAGAAGGAUGCCUUCAUGCCCUUCUCUGCAGGUCGUAGGGUGUGUCUAGGAGAGAGUCUGGCCAGGAUGGAGCUCUUCCUUUUCUUCACCUCCCUCCUGCAGCACUUUUGUUUCUCUCCUCCUCCCGGGGUAAGAGAGGAGGAUCUGGACCUCACACCAUCCCUGGGGUUCACCCUCAGUCCUUCACCUCACCAGUUGUGUGCUGUGAGCAGGGUCUGAGAUGAAAGUCUGGGUCCAGUGUAUAUUACACACUAAACUCUCAACUUUAGACAAACAUACUGCAGGAAUAUGCUGAAAAACUAUUUAGUCACUGCCCAUGGACAUGAAUGAUAUGAAUAUAUACCUGGAUGCAGGGAUCUGAGGUUUAAAGUUGAUUGGACCAAAAUGAACUGAAGCAGCUUUUGUAAAACCAUUCGGAGGGGUUUUGCUGUCCUAUAUGCUGACACCUUUAUGAUGUCUGAGGGGCAUUUGUUUAAAACCAUCAAUGUUAAUCUAGAGACAAACACUCAAACAACCUUUUAGGGAUACCCUAGGUGGGGUCCUCAGUAAAAUGUCAAUGUCCGCAGGAAGUGUACCCCACUGAGGUCCAUAGAAGUCAUAUCCUUACCCACCACUCCAGGGAAAAUAUUCUUGGUUUGUAAUUCAAGAAUUCAAGAAUACAGUCCUAAGAACAGUCACAUUUGUAAUCUGAAAGUCCCCAAAAUAUGGCCUAAAAUUGUCAUCUAAAUGUAUAAAAAGUGUAAACUCUAAUCUAGUGCCCUCUAUACUGCCAGUUGUACAGUCAACACUUGGCACUUUUUUUUACAGGACAACUGUAUGACCUAUAGCUCAGUGUUUUUCCACAGGUCCUUCUGACCAAAGAAACUCAGACAUUUCAAUUUUGUUUUACAAUCGGGGGAAAUUAUGCAAAUGUUUAAUAUUCUUUUACUUUUUAGUGCUGUCAUUAAUUUAUUGAAUGACAAAUACUAAGUGCUAAUUAAGGAAAGGUAGACACAUUGGCACUUUUUGAAAGCUUUUCUAAAGAUAUGAAAAUAGGUAACUAUGUAGAUGUAUAUGAUUGUUUAUGUAUCAGUAGUGUCACUUGUCACUUCAAUCAGGGACGGUCUGGGGUGGGGUGGCUGAAACAGUGUCAAUCACAUCCAAACAUGGGAAACCAGGUGUUUGGUGUCGUUCCAGUUGUCCCAUUCCGGUCAUCACUAUGAGCCACCCUACACUCAUCAUUCUCAUGUGAGAUAUAUGUUAGCAGUUUAAAUACUUACACGUUCCCCCAUCCUUCACUUUCCCCUUAUUCAAGGAUAACUGUAUUAUAUUAUAUUAUAUAUAUUUUUUUUAAUUUUACCUUUAUUUAACCAGGCCAGUUAAGUCAGUUAAGAACAUAUUCUUAUUUUCAAUGACGGCCUGGGAACAGUGGGUUAACUGCCUGUUCAGGGGCAGAACGACAGAUUUGUACCUUGUCAGCUCGGGGGUUUGAACUCGCAACCUAACGGUUUCUAGUCCAACGCUCUAACCACUAGGCUACAUAUAUAUACGUGUGUGUAAUAGCUGUAUGUUAUUAAAAGUACCGAAUCCAUUGCUGAUGCUGUACAUUUACCUGGAGGAAAAUAAAUCCAAUAAAAAUGUCAAAUAAAUAAAUA